AGCAGAGGAAGACGGGCCUGCCUGCGAGGAAGCAGGAAGCCGCGGGAGCCGCAGCCGGGCCGGCUCAGGAUGGAGUCCGUGGCCCUGUACAGCUUCCAGGCCACCGAGAGCGACGAGCUGGCCUUCAGCAAGGGCGACACGCUCAAGAUCCUGAACAUGGAGGACGACCAGAACUGGUACAAGGCUGAGCUCCGGGGCGCCGAGGGCUUCAUUCCCAAGAACUACAUCCGGGUCAAGCCCCACCCGUGGUACUCGGGCCGGAUUUCCCGGCAGCUGGCGGAGGAGAUUCUGAUGAAGCGGAACUACCUGGGAGCCUUCCUGAUCCGGGAGAGCGAGAGCUCCCCAGGGGAGUUCUCCAUCUCUGUGAACUACGGGGACCAGGUGCAGCACUUCAAGGUGCUGCGGGAGGCCGCAGGCAAGUACUUCCUGUGGGAGGAGAAGUUCAACUCCCUCAACGAGCUGGUGGACUUCUACCGCACCACCACCAUCGCCAAGAAGCGCCAGGUCUUCCUGCGGGACCAGGAGCCCCCGCUCCAGCCGCCGCGGGCCAGCUUCGCCCAGGCCCAGUUUGACUUCUUGGCCCAGGACCCCUCCCAGCUCAGCUUCCGCCGCGGCGACAUCAUCGAGGUCCUGGAGCACCUGGACCCGCACUGGUGGCGAGGCCGGUUCUGCGGGCAGGUGGGCUUCUUCCCCCGGAGCUACGUCCAGCCCGUGCACCUCUGACCGAGCCCGCAGACCACCGGCCACAGGACGCUGAGUCCAGAGAGACCGUGGACGCCCCUCCGGGCCCCGGGCUGGGCCCAGCCUCGGUAGGGACGCGGCCUUGGACGGCCCAGCCCAGCCCACUGCUCCACACGAACCCAGGGGGCUGCCCAGGUGCCACAGACACACAAUGUGCAGUGCCUGCCGAGCAAAGGCGCUCCCGGUUCCCGCCCGCCUCUCCGCACUGGUCACCAGCACUGUGACACCCGUCAGUGCCCCACCCCCUGGG